AUGGCCCUCUCGGGGCUCACGCCCGUCGACUCUGCCCGUGUCAGGGCGCCUAGGGUGGGGGAGGCCGCCAUUGCUUUCGAGUGCAAGCUGCGGGCGGUGCACGACGUGGAGGACAGCUCCGGCAAGCCCAGCGGCGCCAUCGUCAUUGGGGAGGUCCUCCUGAUCCAUGUCGCCGAGGCCGUCACGGGCCGCAGCCCCACGGGGAAGCUGGUGGUGGACCCGCUGCUGCUGCAGCCGGUGUCGCGCCUGGGCGGGGUGACGUAUGGCAGCGUGAAGGAGCUUUACGACAUACCGCGGCCCGACAAAGAGGGCCGGUACGGGCCACCGGCGAGGAAGGGCUGA